GUUACGUCUGACCGUAAAAAAUAGAAACUUCCAAGAUGGCCGAGGCCGUAGACUCCAUGCAUUUCGCAGCAAACAGCAAAACAAAUUCCCCUAAACCCCUGAUAGCUAAACGGCCGCCGGAAAGCCGACCUCAGUCUUCCAGCGACAUUUACCCACCGCCUCCUAAGAAGGUCCGGGUGGAGGAAAAGGGCCUGAAGCACAGGAAACUGAACGGAGAGGUGUGCGCAGGGGAAAAACACAACGGGAAGCAGAGUUGUGGGAGCCCAGCGAAAUGGAGUUUCGGCCCGGCCAAGGCGAGCCACUCCACCGCCGUCGCGGUGCCAGUUACUCCCGCUCGGAAAAUCUUCAAAAUCAGCAACUUCCUCGCCUCGCCUCACAAAGUGAAAAAGGCGAAAGAGAAACGGCACAAGGAGAAGGAAAAAAUCAGUGAAGCGCAGCGAAGCUCGGUCGUUGGUGUGGAGAGAGUGAGCCCAGCUAGCUGCCAUACAAAGACCGAGAACGGCGACGUGAAAAUGCUACAGAGGGAUCACCAUGUAAAAGAGAAAGACCGAGAGAAGAAGAAGGAAAAGAGUAAAGAGUGGGAAAAUCACAAAUUGCCACCUGUACAUGACAUUGCAAGAGAAAACGGAGACGUGAUUUCUCCACAGAAAGAGUCUAAGGAUAAGCCCAAAGCUGGUUCUGAGGAAGACCUCCUGCUGAAGAAACUCAAGAAGAAGAAGAAAAAGAAGCACAAAGAUGGCGAGCGAGUGAAGGAGAGGCACAGCCGGCCAAAAAUGUAUCAUCGCUCAUGCCAGACAGUGUGUUCAGGAGUGUCUCUGGGUCCGCCUGAGUUCCUCAGUCGAAUUAAUGGGAACAACAGCAUUAACAGCAGCAGUCUACUCCACACCACCGCAGCACCACAACAACACUACCAGGAUCCUCCUGGUGCUGCUGCUACCUCUGCCUCCAUCUCCUCUAUGGUCAGAGACAGGAUCGGCUACAGCUCUCCGCUCCACUGCACCCCAGUGCCAGGCCUGUCAGGUCUGGAAUUUGGCCAUCUGAUCCACAUCGAGCAGCAGGCCAACGGUGGAGCGUCUGUGGCACACGCCUACACCGAGCAGCUCUCCUGUCUGUCUCCGGCUGAGAUGCAGCGUUUUGCCCAGGAGUUUGUGACUCUGUCGUUCAGCGAGGACGAGGCCCAGGCUGCAGGUUUUGUGAUGGGAAUCGUCCAUGGAGCGGCAUCCUACCUCCCAGAUUUCCUGGAUUACUUCUCCUACAAGUUCCCCAAUGCGCCAGUAAAGAUGGAGGUGCUCGGAAAGAAAGACAUAGAGACGACAACCAUGGUCAACUUCCACUCUCAGGUGAAGCGGACAUAUUCCCAGGGAACGUACCGUGCCGGGGCCAUGCGGCAGGUCAGUCUGGUCGGUGCUGUGGACGAAGAGGUUGGAGACUACUUCCCCGAGUUCAUCAGCAUGUUGGAGGAAUCUCCCUUUCUGGAGCGGACUCUGCCCUGGGGAACGUUUUCCAGUCUGCGGCUGCAGAGUCCCACUGAGAGCGACGACGGCCCUAUUAUGUGGGUCAGACCGGGAGAACAGAUGAUCCCUAUGGCAGACAUGCCAAAAUCACCCUUCAAAAGGAAAAGGUGGGUUGACAUAUUGAGUUCAGAGAAAAAAACUACUGCUGCUGUAGGUGUGCUGAAGGCUGUGCGCUGCGGAGAGGAGAGUGACGCUCCUGCCCGGAUCACCAAAGACGUUGUGUGUUUCCACGCUGGAGAUUUCCCAGAUGUGGUCAUGAGGCUGCAGCUGGACCUCCACGAACCUCCGCUGUCUCAGUGUGUACAGUGGAUCGAUGAUGCCAAACUGAACCAGCUAAGGAGGGAGGGGAUCCGAUACGCCCGAAUCCAACUCUACCACGACGACAUCUACUUCAUUCCCAGAGGAGUUGUCCACCAGUUCAAAACUGUGUCUGCUGUCUGCAGUCUGGCCUGGCACAUCCGACUCAAACAGUAUCACCUACACGAAAAGGAAGAGGAGGAGGAAGUGGUGCAGGAAGAGAAGUGUGCACCUAGAAAAGUAACACUUCUUAUCAAAGAAGAGGAGGAAGACGAGGAGGUUGAGGGGAAGGAGCGUGAGCCUGCUGUACAGACAGUGAAAAAGCUGGACGAUGAGGACAACGAAGGAGGGGUGGGGCCAACCUCAAAAACUCCGACACAGAUUUUCAAGGAGGAAGCACAGGAGAACGGAGCUGAGAUGAAGGGGUUGUCAACGACACAGUCUCUACCUUUUGUCAAGAAGGAGAGAGAUGAAGGUGUACUCACUCACACGCUAAUGGAGCCCAAUGCUGAAGAAGAUGAGAAAGAGGAAGGUAAGGUAGGGGGAGAUGGAGGUGCAAACACAUGCCAGACACUGCAGAAGGGCCAUAAUGAGGGUGGAGUGGACAGUGCACCCUUAAAGUCACUACGGCAAGUUAGGAAGGAGAAUGAUGUGGAGGAAGAGAGGCAGCAAAGGACAACUGUACCAGGCCAAGGUCUAAAAGAGAAAACUAAAGAUAGUAUAAUGAGCACUUACAACACACCACAAAUAAAAAAGGAAAAAGAUAAAGGAAGAAGAGAAAAAGAUGAAAAGGAGAGGGUUAAAGAGAAGGAGAAGAAAGACAAAGAUAGGAGUAAAGAGAAGGAAAGGGAUAAGAAGGAUAGAGGCAAAGACAGGGAUAGAGAGAAGGACAGGGUGAAAGAGCAGGAGAAGGUUAAGGCCGAGGGAGGAAGAGAGGGUGGUACAUCUAUGCAGCCAUUGCCGCAGAUGAGGAAAAAGGAGGACGAGGAGCGGACAAGAGAGGGCAGUAAAGCCUCUCAAACUCCCCUGCCUGCACAGAGAGACGAGAAGUGGGCCAAGGAGUGGGACUCAAAGACCCAACCCCACGUUAAGAGAGAGAAGGAGCACGAUAAAGACAGAGGAGGCACACAGGGAGUGUCGCACUUACGGCCAGACAGAGAGGAGACUCGAGACCUGUGUCAUAAACACAAGUCUUCACACGGGAAGAAAGAGAAAAGCGGGCACAGGGAGGGCAAAGAGACCAACGUGUCGAGUAUGCAGGGGGUGCAGGCAAAGUCAGGGAGGGAAGACGGGAAGACUCCCAAGCCUGCAAACAUCCAGGUUAAGAAAGAUGGAAAGAAGGAUAAAGACAUCAACAGUAAAGAGGAGAGGAAGAAGCCUGCCUCUGGUCCUGCGCCACCAGAACACAAACCACCAAGGACGCUCAUCACCUUUGACCUCUUUAAGCCGAUGGAGGCUCACCAAACUCUUGCCCUUUCCUUCACAGAAAGUCGACCUAAAACCCACCAUCACAGUGACUCUCGAGGCUCUUCCUCUAAGCCUGGAUCUGACAGUCGGACAGUUGUGCCCUCUAAAGGUCCAAAAGUAAAGGACACAGUGCAGGGAAAACCUGCCACACCCCUACAGGACACUCGGCCACAGCAGCACCCAUUUAAACAGCCCCUAAAAACGCACACACCCCACACACAGAAAGACUUCUUAAUAUGAAUGUCUAGUCUUCUUUUUUUUACUGUACAACUUACGCCGAGGCUUUGUUAAAGUAUUUGAAAAUGCAUCCUUCCUUCAGACAUCAACUGGUCUUUCUAAUUUGUAAUCAAUGAGUGGGGGGGGGAUUCCAUUUCUUUGCUGACAGCCACAUUACACCAGUGACGUAGUGAAAAGAGGAUGCACUCCCCAAGUAUUUUAUCAGUGCCUAAGAAUGUAAGCUAAGUAGCUCACUUCACGUUUGUUAGCGAAUGUAUGUAGGCUCUAUAUAAAAUGUUUAUGUGACCCAUGUGUCAGUGCCUGUGCACUACUUAGCUUCCCUCUUAAAGCACCUAUUUUAGGUACUGGACUAGCCAAUCUGAAAACAACCAUCCUUACUCCCUGCUAUAGGAAUAACCUACGUUCACUGUUUGGGACAUUGCAGCAAGUCACCGAGCUCCUGCUGAAAUCCUCUUUGCCAUGUUGCUUUAAUCUACAGGGUUUGUUGUUUAUGACACUCCAAACUCGGAGCAAGUAGUUGUUUUCAGACUGGACGUUGUUUGACUCACACAGGGCUGUAAAUGAUACUGUAUGUACCAAAACUGUACAGUAUAGAUGUUAUUAGCACCAAUGUGAGAAAAUGUAUACAGAAAUUGCAUAUAUUUUUUGUAAGACAAGUUUUAUUUUCCAUAGAACUUAUUUAUAUCAUUUACUGUCUGUUUUUAUUUGGAACCAAUGUAUGUGAAAAUGUUGAUGUAAAUACAUUUUAUUUCCUAAGAUAA